AUGCAAACAGCAUCCAUCACCGUUGUUGAUGGAAAUCAACGCGACUUUCAAGACGGUUUCCCGUUGACUACUUUGAAUGAUUGUGCUCAGCCUAGGUUUUCCGCGGGAUAUGAAACCAAGAAUGACAGGCUCCAAAGUAAACCGUCUGUCCUACGGGAGUGUGUAUAUACUGCACUGUGUCCUCAGUCAAUGAUGACACCUGAAGGGGACGGUUCACAGACGUACGCGUCGCUUGAUGAAUCUACAAGAGAAGCCGAAAACAUUGAAUAUGAGAAUUUAUUACCGGCUCAUGGGUUCCAACGUAAACGGUUUAUCCCACGGGAAGACGUACGUACCGAGCUGAGUCCAGAGUCAAUGAUGGCUCCAGAGGGCGAGGGUUCCCGAACUUACACAUCUACGUGGGAAGACAGCGACAUUGAUUAUGUCAAUCAAAUACCUAAUCGUGAAUAUGUGAAUGAAAUACCUAGUCCUGACCAAUCAAAUAGUACCUGACAGGUCCAGUUAUGUGCCUUGGCAUGCAUCACAGAAAGAGCUGGCUUAAUUAAGCAUUCCUUUAAAAGACCAGCAUUCCUGGCCUACUUCCAGUAUUUACAUACAACAUCAACCCAUACAAAGGUGACAUUGACAGGCUGCAUUUUACAUUGCUGAAUGUAAUGUGCAUAUCCAUAAAGCUUGCACUGGUACAUGUUCAUGGCCCACUAAGCCAAUCCAGGCCAACAUUCUGCCAUCUCCAAACCCGUCUCAUCCAAUUUGGCAUGUUUAAGAGGUUGGUUAAUCGCAGCUCUCCACUCUGAUGAACCACAGACAUUAUUCUUCAGAAAAGAUGUCAAAUAAGAUAAGUGUCAAGGGACGCAGUGUAUAUGAAGGAGUAAAACUUUGAAAUAUCUGCAAAUUAGAGAUCAGCAAACAUUGUAGCUACAUACCAUGAAUGGGAGACAUGUGAAAUACAUUGACAGUUUUGGUUUUCCUCAAUAACACAAUAAUUCAUAUUCAUACAGUAAUUAUAAGCAAUUU